GUUCCUUAAAGAGUUUAUGAUUUAAUUUUUAUUUGAGAGAUAUUCUGCAAAACAUAACUAACAUUCUUAUCAUUAAACUCUAACAUAACUAACAUUCUUAUCAUUAAACUCUAACAUAACAUAACAUAACUAUUUUUGGAUGGUUUGGUUUAGAACAUGAUGGUUUGAUUUUGAAAUGCUUACAAAAACUAUAAAUUUGUGUUUGUUAAUCUUUUUUUCAAUUUUGUGUAGCAUAUUUUCUUAUAUUGCAUUAAUUUACAUUCACUAAGUUUGAUUACAUACAAAGUUAAUUUCAAUGCAAUAUUAUAUCACUACUAUUACUAUUAGCUAUAUUGUUAAGUCUUUUUGUGUGAUUCUUCCACCCUCAGUGGGGUAUUGGUAUUAUCAGUGGAUUAUUACAUUGGGUAUCAAUUGCAAUAAGUGUGUGGGGGAGGGGCAGGGGGUGGACAUUCAUAUUAAUAGAGCUUCUAAUAGUAAUCUUGAUAUUCAUUGGUUGCAUGUUCUAUAGAAAGAAAGAAAUUGAGAGGGAGUAAGAAUGAUGACUUUUGAAAUAUUUCGUUUUUCGUUAUUCUUCAAGGGGAGGUAAUAGAACUGAUUGUGUGUAUUGUGUUGAUUAGAAUUGAUUGCUGUGAUAAUAGAAAAUGUACUAUAAAUAGUGUAAAUAGGUCCUUAGUAUAAUAUAUUCGUAUCUCUAUGGUAAUUGGUAGUACUUAGUAUUGUAAUCACUAUAUUCUUCAGUUACAUAUAGGUAUCCCUUAGAAACAGGCUUAUUAAAUAGCGGGCAAUGCAAAUUUCGCUAGUGGCUAUUAUAUUUCAUAUACCCUAACGCAUGAAAAACAUUACUUCUAAUACAGAAUGUCAAGUUAGUAUGAACUUUGUUAUAUACCUUGACUGCAAUAACCACUUUUCUUGUAUCACAAGAAGCAGCAAUUUGAUUGGAUUACAGCCAAUCAUAUGCCUCGACAGACAGUCUGUAAACCUUAUGGCUUAUCGUUUACUGACUUUCUGUAGCGGCCUCUGAUAGGCUGUAUUUAUUAACAUACCAUCCAACCAAAUCACUCUAUUUUGUGAUACAAGAAUAGUGGCUAUUGAAGUCAUGGUACAAGUAUGAAGUUCGUAAUAUCUUGGUAUUUGAGACAGGCUUAUCAAAUAAUGCUAAAUUUGGCUAGUGAAUUAAUUACACGUAUAUAGGCCUAACAUAUAAGGGAUAUACAGAAACUUAACUGCUUAACCUUUCGCUUUAUAAGAUGUAGUUUUGUGUUGCUAUUGGCUACAACACUGAUUCUAAUUUUGGACAAUAUUGUUUGAUGUUAUGCUUGUUUCAUUUUAUAACAGUCAACAGUCAAAAUGAGGAUUCUAUUAAAUUCCACAUUUAGCCAUUUAUUUGUAACCCGCUUCAUUAUAUUUUCACAGUGUUAACUGAUCAAUAAUGUUUACUUGAUAUCCUGAUUUUUUUUUAUGAUUUCUUUAGUUUUUGUCUUAUAAUUACCACAUACCAAAUAAAGACUAACUCUGUGCUGAUCAAAUGUUCAAAGAUGCCACAAUUCGUUUGAAAAACUCUCAAAAUAAUGAUUUUCAAUUCAACUUAAAUAUUUUGUAUCAUUAUUUUUCAAUUCUAUUUAUAAAUUUUUAGUGCUUUGAAGAUUAUGUGAUAUUUUGUUUGUUUGUUUGAUUAACAGAAUCUUAAUAAAUAUUAUAUAGAUGGCAGU